UUCACCAUGAAUCAGCUUCACUGCUGGAUGUCCUCACUUUGGCUCCUACUCUGUCUCACAGUCUGUACAUGUAGGGCCACGGUUAUAUAUGGCAUUGAGGGUCAGGCCGUCAUUCUGCCAUGCAAGUAUGACUCGCGUUAUCAUGGGGUAUGUGACGUAUGCUGGAUGAAAGGAAACAUCCCAACAAAUGGUUGUGGUGCUCAAAUCCUUUAUGCAAAUCAAAAACGCGUGCUGCAGAGAAGUGAUGUGAGAUAUCAGCUCCUGGGGGCACUGCAGAAGGGAGAUGCGUCUCUGACUAUCUUCAAUGUGAGAAAAAGUGACGCAGGAAAGUAUGGCUGCCGAGUCCAAGUGCCCGGAUGGUUCAACGAUAAAAAAUUCAGCAUCAACUUAGUCAUUAGGGAAGCACCACGACGGACCACCACCACUCCGGGAUAUGUAACAACUACAACACAGAUCCCUACCAAAGCACCUGUUUCAACAACACAACAUGAGACAACCUCCGUCACCGAAGAUGUGACCACGAAGCAUCCAGAAACAGAACAGACUUAUACCACUCCGGGAUAUGUAACAACUACAACACAGAUCCCUAGCAAAGCACCUGUUUCAACAACACAACAUGAGACAACCUCCGUCACCGAAGAUGUGACCACGAAGCAUCCAGAAACAGAACAGACUUAUACCACUCCGGGAUAUGUAACAACUACAACACAGAUCCCUAGCAAAGCACCUGUUUCAACAACACAAGAUGAGACAACCUCCGUCACCGACGAUGUGACCACAAAGCAUCCAGAAACAGAACAGACUUACACCACUCUGGGAUAUGUAACAACUACAACACUCAUUCCUACACAGGGACCAAUUUUAACAACACACAUUGAAACAACUGCCAUCCCUGAGUAUGUGACCACUGAGCGUAAAGAAACACAAGAGAGCUUGAGCACUCUGGGAUAUGUAUCUACUACAGCACACAGUGUUACACAUGCACCUGUUUCAACAACACAACAUGAGACAACCUCCGUCACCGAAGAUGUGACCAUGAAGCAUCCAGAAACAGAACAGACUUAUACCACUCCGGGAUAUGUAACAACUACAACACAGAUCCCUAGCAAAGCACCUGUUUCAACAACACAAGAUGAGACAACCUCCGUCACCGACGAUGUGACCACAAAACAUCCAGAAACAGAACAGACUUACACCACUCUGGGAUAUGUAACAACUACAACACUCAUUCCUACACAGGGACCAAUUUUAACAACACACAUUGAAACAACUGCCAUCCCUGAGUAUGUGACCACUGAGCGUAAAGAAACACAAGAGAGCUUGAGCACUCUGGGAUAUGUAUCUACUACAGCACACAGUGUUACACAUGGACCUGUUGUAACAACGCAUGAUGAGACAACCCGUACCCCUCAGCAUGUGAUCACUCAGGAUACAGUUACAACAGCAAUGAUCUCAGAAAAUGACCCUGAGAUGAAGCCUGUGAGCGAUGACGCAGAUAUUCUUGCUGCAAUCUCGGUGUCAGUUAUACUGAUUGUGCUGAUUUUGGGAAUCUCUGCUGUUUGUGUCAUGUCUAAGCAAAGAAGAUGGAGGAAGACACUUGAAUUAGCCAAGAACGCAUCCAUUUCUGUCAGCUACAGCAACUUGGAGAGCAGUGUGGCCCUGCCGAUGACGGAGUCAUCUAAGAAUGAAUAUGAGAAGUGAUAAUGAUAUUGCAUGGAAUUUAAAUAAAAAACACUGUACAUAAAAUUAAUUAAUUAUAAAAUGCUGCAAUUUUUGGGUGGCACGGUAUUGUAGUGAUUAGCACUGUUGCCUCACGGCAAGAAGGUUCUGGGUUCGAGUCCAGUGGCCGACAGGGGCCUUUCUGUGCGGAGUUUGCAUGUUCUCCCCGUGUCUGUGUGGGUUUCUUCUGGGUGCUCCGGUUUCCCCCAGAGUCCAUAGACGUGUGUUUAGGCUAAUCGAUGGCUCUAAAUUGACCAUGAAUGUGAGUGUGAAUGGUUGUUUGUCUCUAUAUAUCAGCCCUGCGAUGAUCUGGUGACUUGUCCAGGGUGUACCAUGCCUCUCGCCCAUAGUCAGCUUGGAUAGGCUCCAGCUUGCCUGCAACCCUGCACAGGAUAAGCGGUUACAGAUGAUGGAUGGAUGGUGCAAUUUUUAACGAGUUUUUUGCUUUGUUUAUCCAUCCAUUAUCUAUACCACUUAUCCAUCAGGGUCGCAGGGGAAGCUAGAACCAAUCCCAGCUGAUUUCAUGCGAGAAGCGUGGUACACCUUGGGCAGGUCACAAAUCUAUUGCAGGGCUAACACAGAGACAAACACCCAUUCACACCCUAUGGGCAAUUUAGCGUAGCCAGUUGAUCUCAUCUGCGCAUCUUUGGACUGUGGGAGGAAAUUGAAGGAAACCCACCUAUGCACAGGGAGAACAUGCA